CGCUCAUCCACUCCCAGAGCAAAUGUCCUCUUCCUCAACCCGAUCCCUCUCCCCACCUCCUAGGAUGCCUUCUCCUCAACCCCUUCACACCCCUCUCCCUUCUCCACACCUCAUUCAACGCCAACGUUCUCGCCAGCGCCUCAUCUCCGCACCCCAAUCCCCACCCAUCCCCCCUACCCUCAUCGGCUCCCCACUUCUCAAAAAGACCGUCGCCUAUCCGCGCCAGCGGGUCCUUUCAUCCCAGCUCAAGGCCGAUAUAUGGCUUGACGGUGAUGACUUUGGAACCAGAAAGGAGAAAUCCCACUCACCCCCACUCACCGGCUCACCUAGCCGCGAGCGCCAGCCUGGCCGCGGUUUCCACCGUCGCGUCGCGUCGAUCUCGAUCUCCCCUCGUGCCCGCGCGCGUUCACCACCUCCGAGCCCACCCCGCUCCGGCCCUCCACCGCCCGUGCCUCCUAUCCCUGCCUUCUACCUGAGCGCGGGUGACAGGAAACCCAUACUCCAGCCGAGAGACACGAAUCUCCAUCCCGUCGUGCCCAUCUACAUCCCUGACCUCCGAUCCCUCUCCUCGGAGUCCGACGCGUCAUCACGCGCGCGUUUAGGCGUGACGUGUAAAUCCAACGACGCGAUGACCUGCAUCAAAUUCUUUUCGAUUCACAAUGGGGGUCGGACCACAUCGGCGUAGAGCGCCCAAGGCGUGCUCUUCCGAGCUGCGAGAAAGAUCAUGCGCGGUACCAAGUGCCCGCACCUCCUGGGAUGGGUCCGCUCAUUGAUGCGUCGCAGUUCGACCCUAUCUUUCAUCAAUUUCGUUCGCUCUCUCAUACUUUACUGCUACCACCAUCGUUCUUUAUUCUACUGUCCUUCUUAUUUGACCGCAUGGUUCGCCCAGCGUAUACGCUCGUUUCCGGUUCUCUCGCGUCCCCACUUAUCUUACCAUUGUACAACUAGAGUCAUCCAUCCUGCUUUCCGCGCUCAGCGCUCACGACUCCCUCGCAUGUCGCAGUGUUUUUUUUUACCUUACGCUGUACUCGGUAUAAUCGUCGAAACUGCCGUGUUGUAGAUCGCUCUCCCAGCUACCAGCUAUUCCCCCGAUGGACUUCCGCGGUACACAGAUAUUGUUUGCAACGCGUAAUCGAGCGCUUUCAUAUCCACCUC